AUGGGGGGUCUUGCAUUGGGUUCUGCCUUCGAUUCCAAAUCUGGGCAGAUAAUAAUGGCUGCUUUGCUUUUGAUGAUUGUGUCCUUCUAUAUUGGCACGCUUUUUGGCAACAAUGCUCCCCUUUACGUCUCUCAGCUUGAUUCUCAUUCUCCUUCUUCUUUUCCCAACAAUGUCUCCUCUAAUGGUACUGCUAAAUUCAGUAACAAAGUUGCUCUGACUUACCGGAAAACCCCUCUUGUAAUUCCAGAAACAGGGGUGGAUGUGUGCCCUUUGACGUUCAAUGAGUAUAUUCCCUGCCAUGAUGUUUCCUAUGUGGAAACUCUGGCCCCAAGUCUUGAUUUUUCUAGAAAAGAAGAACUGGAGAGACACUGUCCUCCUCUUGAAAAGCGCUUAUUCUGCUUGGCUCCUCCGCCAAAAGAUUAUAAAAUACCUAUCAAGUGGCCUCUUAGCAGGGAUUACGUUUGGCGAAGCAAUGUGAAUCAUACACAUCUUGCAGAAGUCAAAGGAGGCCAAAACUGGGUCCAUGAGAAGGAUCAGCUCUGGUGGUUUCCUGGCGGUGGUACCCAUUUCAAGCAUGGGGCCUCUGAGUACAUAGAGAGGCUAGGACAUAUGAUUACCAAUGAGACUGGUGAUCUGCGUUCUGCUGGGGUAGUUCAAGUUCUGGAUGUGGGCUGCGGUGUGGCUAGUUUUUCAGCAUAUCUUCUUCCAUUGGAUAUACGAACAAUGUCCUUUGCCCCCAAGGAUGGUCAUGAAAACCAAAUUCAAUUUGCAUUAGAACGAGGGAUUGGUGCAAUGAUCGCUGCCAUGUCCACAAAACAAUUACCGUAUCCUAGUGAGUCAUUUGAAAUGAUUCACUGUUCACGGUGCAGAAUAGACUUUCAUGAAAAUGAUGGGAUUUUACUCAAUGAAUUGAACCGUCUUCUUCGCUUUAAUGGGUACUUUGUUUAUUCAGCUCCCCCGGCUUAUAAAACAGAUAAAGAUUAUCCUGUCAUUUGGGAUAAAUUGAUGAAUUUGACUACAGCCAUGUGUUGGAGACUUAUUGCUCGAAAAGUCCAAACUGCAAUAUGGAUUAAAGAAAAUAACGAGUCAUGCCUUUUGCACAAUGCAGAGCAAAAGCUUAUAAACAUCUGUGACCCUGCUGAUGAUUCCAAACCUUCAUGGAAUAUCCAGCUUAAGAAUUGUGUAGAAGUGAGAAAUUCUAAAACAGAUUCUUACAAGCUUCCUCCAAGUCAUGAGCGCCAUUCAGUGUUUUCUAACAACCUUAACAUGAUAGGUAUAAAUCUGAAUGAAUUUACUUCAGAUACUCUCUUCUGGCAAGAACAAAUUGGUCAUUACUGGAGACUGAUGAAUGUCAAGGAGACAGAAAUUCGCAAUGUGAUGGAUAUGAAUGCCUAUUGUGGCGGAUUUGCUGUUGCACUAAAUAGCUUUCCUGUUUGGGUAAUGAAUGUAGUUCCUGCAAGUAUGAAGAACACCUUAUCUGGAAUUUAUGACCGAGGAUUGAUCGGAACUUUUCAUGAUUGGUGUGAACCAUUUUCAAGUUACCCUCGGACAUAUGAUCUUUUGCAUGCCAAUUAUCUCUUCUCCCACUACAAAACAAAAGGGGAAGGUUGUUUAUUGGAGGACAUCAUGCUGGAGAUGGAUCGUCUUAUACGGCCACUGGGAUUUGUUAUCAUUAGGGAUGAAGAAGACAUUACCUCAAGAAUCCAAGAGGUAGCCCCAAAAUUCCUGUGGGAUGUGGAAUCAAAAUUGUUAGAGAACAAAGAAAAGAAAAUGGAAACUGUUCUAAUUUGUAGAAAAAAGUUUUGGGCAAUCGACUAAAGUCACUUGAUUUAGAAGUGUUUUCCCACAUAGAAAAGGUUCUUAUAAAGCAUACGGGUAAUUUGUAAUGUUAAUUUGCUCACUGCUCCAAUGCUCCCACGACCAUGUUGUGUAGAUGUUUAGAGAGCACUCAUUUUGUAUAUGUUUUUGCUUUCAGCUUAGCAAUUAUGAAUAGAAAGUAGUUGUUUUCCUUAUUCUUGUUAAUCUAAUUUAUGUUGUCUAUUCUGUUAUCUGGGCUUGAAUAUCAGAAAUAAACACAACAUAUUCAUCUUAGGUUGUUUUAUGGCCUAAUUAUUUUAUUUAUUUAUUUUGGUGAUGCA